AUGGCUAGAACAAAGCAAACAGCAAGAAAGUCAACUGGUGGUAAGGCCCCAAGAAAACAAUUAGCUUCUAAGGCUGCCAGAAAAUCUGCUCCAUCUACCGGUGGUGUUAAGAAGCCUCACAGAUAUAAGCCAGGUACUGUUGCCUUGAGAGAAAUCAGAAGAUUCCAAAAAUCUACUGAACUAUUGAUCAGAAAGUUGCCUUUCCAAAGAUUGGUUAGAGAAAUUGCUCAAGAUUUCAAGACCGACUUGAGAUUUCAAUCUUCUGCCAUUGGUGCUUUACAAGAAUCCGUUGAAGCCUACUUGGUCUCUUUGUUUGAAGACACCAACUUGGCUGCCAUUCACGCUAAGCGUGUUACCAUCCAAAAGAAGGAUAUCAAGUUGGCUAGAAGAUUAAGAGGUGAAAGAUCAUAA